AUGGGGGACGUCCGCCGCAGCAGCAAGAAAGCUCGGGGGAUGGAAGCCACGCCGGCGGGCGAGAUUGACUCCAUCCCGGACGAGAUUCUCGAGCUGGUAUUCCUCCGCUCUCUGCCUCUCGAGCUCGUCCGCGCCGCGGGCACCUGCAAGCGCUGGCGACGCAUCAUCACGGCGGACGGCGGCCGCCUGAUCCGCUCCCAACAUGGCACUCCGUCCCCCCACGUCGCCGGCCACUACCGAGUUGACCGCCGGCCUCACUUUUCUCGCUCGCGACCGCCUGGGCGAAACCCUGUAUUUGUUCCCUCCCCUCCGUCGCCGUGGGCGGACAUCUUCAGCGCUGCACGAAACCUCGCGCUAGACUUCCUCCCGCGGCCGCCGUCGAGCGGUUUCUGCUGGGAGCUCGCCGACACGCGGGGUGGCCUCCUGCUGCUCGUGCUCCUCAGCGAGAAAAAGGACCCGGCGACAGUAUCACGCAUCCUCGUCUGCGAUCCUAUGACGCGAGCCUACCGGGAAGUCCCGCUCUCUACCUGGUUCCACCGAUGCAGUUGCCUGGGCGCCUUCCUCCUCGACGGCGAGGACCCAGCAGGGUGCAUAAGCUUGUCAAACUUCAGGGUGACAUCCGUGCUCUAUCGAAUUAAAGACGCCAUCCAACGGGCCAGCACGUACACCACCGCGGUCGCCGGCGGAGGUCGGGACACCAUCGCAAGGGCCUGCACGUUCUCGUCCGCCGGCGGCGGCCGCUGGACAUCUUCCUACGCGCAAGGCACAACCGGAAAUGACUACUGGAGAUGGGACUGCCAUGUCUCCUUUGCAGGGUUUGGCGGUGGCGAAUCCGUCGCUUACUGGAGGGCCGGAAACCACGGUGCUCUUUGUUUGGACAAGGACGCAGUUGAGCUCUACGCGUUGCCGGACAUGCCCCAGGACGAGCUCCACGCGCCGGAGCAUGCGUACCAGCUGUCGUGGCCACCUACGAUUCAAGCUGCCUUACCCUAG